CUUUUAAGGAAGAAGGCAUAUCUAGAAGUUUUGUGUAAACUUUUUGUUCGUGCGCGUUCUGGUGUUCUGCUACUCCUCAGAUAAAGCGCGUGAACUCGUUCCCCCUCCUCCUCCUCCUCCUUCCUCUUCCCUCCUCACCGUGCGCUCUGGUCCUCCUCUGCGCGCUCUGAGUCUCGCCUUGGACAAAUUGCGGCGGAGCGGUGGAUCAGCUAAAGUUCGUUCGAAAAAAGUUUGGAGAGGAAGAGGUCGAGUUUUUUGGUCUUUUUGGGGAACGGGGUGUUGUGAUACUUUCUUCAGUUUUGUAAUUUUGUCGCACUUCCACCAUGGAGACUCUCAGAAGUCUCUUAACGCUGCUGUGCGUUCUGGCUGGAGGUCAAACGCAGAUCCAAAGACGCAAGUUUGACGAGUGUCCUGUUGACCUUUUCUUCGUACUGGAUACAUCUGAAAGUGUUGCCCUCAGACAGAAAGUUCCCAGCUUUUACAUCAACCAGAUCAAAGACUUCGCCAAGCGCUUCAUAGAUGAACUGUCUGAAAAGCGCCACGAUUGUGACCGCUUCGUGACAUGGAACUCAGGAGCGCUGCACUACAGUGACACACAGGUCAUUGUGCGAGGGCUGAGUGACAUGCGCACAGAUCGCCAGCUCCUGAAGGCUGAUAUUGAUGCCAUCUCAUAUAUUGGCAAGGGCACAUAUACUGACUGUGCUAUCAAGAAGGCCCUUGGCGAGCUUCUCAGCGCGGGUUCCCAAUACCAUGAGAACAAGUACAUUGUGGUAGUGACUGAUGGCCAUCCUCUGACUGGUUACAAGGAGCCAUGUGGAGGUGUGCAGGAUGCUGCAAAUGAAGCCAGGCAGCACGGAGUGAAAGUGUUCUCUGUCGCCAUCUCACCUGACCAUGAGGAUGCCAGACUGAGAAUUAUUGCUACCGACAUGUCCUACAGACAGAACUUCACUGCUGCUGAUGAACGCAGAUCCGACCACAUCGGAACCAUUCACACCAUCCUUAACAUGAUUACAAACGAGACAAAGGAUGUGUGCUGCUCUUUCGACUGCCAUGCCCCAGAUGGAAGCGUUGGACCACAUGGAGACCCUGGCGCCAAGGGAGAAACAGGUAGACCAGGGAUGCCAGGAGAGAAAGGAGAUGUUGGUAACCCGGGCAACAUUGGAGAUCCUGGUCCUAUUGGUUACAGUGGAAUGAAGGGAGACCGUGGUAUCCGAGGAGAUAAGGGUGAAAGAGGACACAAAGGUUACAAGGGAGAAAAAGGUCUAAGAGGAAAUGAUGGAAUCGACGGACGCAAGGGUGAAGCUGGUUUCCCUGGGCUUCCCGGCUGUAAAGGUUCUCCAGGGUCAGAUGGCCAGCAGGGAGAACCUGGACCAAAGGGAGAUGCUGGUGGUUAUGGACUGAAAGGCGGAAAAGGAGACCCUGGAGAGUCUGGCUUACCAGGAAGACCUGGAAAAGAUGGCCCAAUGGGACCUCAGGGUGAGCGGGGCGUUCCUGGAAACAAUGGGGACAAAGGAGAGCGUGGUGAUGAUGGUCCACCAGGAAGAGAUGGACCUCGCGGAGACCCAGGAGCAGUUGGAGGAAAGGGAGAGCAGGGUUCCCGGGGGAACAGAGGACCAAGAGGAGAUCCAGGAGACCCAGGACCCCGUGGAGAGCAGGGGAGGGAGGGCUCAGCUGGCCCCAACGGAGACCCUGGCGAGGCUGGCAGGGAUGGGCUUCCUGGCCACAGAGGAGAUGAAGGCAUACCUGGACCAGAGGGACCCAAAGGACAAAGAGGAAUCAAAGGAGCUCCAGGAGACAGAGGACAGAUGGGGGAGCUGGGAGAUGAUGGUGCCCCAGGAAACGGUACAGCAGGUUGCCCUGGUUUCCAGGGUUACCCCGGUGCACGCGGAGACCCUGGUGAGCCAGGUGGAAAGGGAACCCCUGGACCCAAAGGAGAUGACGGCGAUCCUGGCGAUCCAGGCUCUGAUAACAACAUCCCAGGACAAAAAGGAGCUAAAGGGGCCAAAGGUCACAGAGGACGCGAGGGCAACCCAGGACUUCCUGGGCCUCCUGGACCAGCAGGAACUGAUGAAUGUGAAAUUCUGGAUAUCAUCAUGAAGCUCUGUUCUUGUUGUGAUUGUAAAUGUGCAACUCUGGACCUGGCGUUCGUCGUGGACAGCUCAGAGAGUAUUGGCAGCACAAACUUUGCUAUUGCCAAAGAAUUUGUUGUCACUGUCAUCGACAGACUGGUCAAAGACCAGAGGGUCAAGUUUGCAGGUAACGAGUCCAGAUUGAGUAUAGUCCAGUACAGUGGAUCAAAAGCCCAAGAGGCUGUAGAGCUGGGCCGCGACGCUACUUCCCUCACGGACUUUAAACAGAAAGUGAGAGAACUGCAAUGGCUGGCUGAGGCCACGUACACUGGCGAGGCCCUUGAAUAUGCUCUGACAAACACAAUUAGCCGAAUGAGAAUCGACAAUCGAGUUGUUAUUGUGCUCACCGAUGGACGCUCCAAUACUGACAGGGACAAAAUUCCCCUCACCGUACUCUGUGGUAAUAACAUCCGAGUGGGCGGUGUAGGAGUGAUUGACUAUUCAGGCCGUCAACCCAACCCAGAGCAGAUUGACGAAAUGGUGUGUAAGAAUGACCCUAAACCAGGCUUUUCCUUCGUCCGGAAUAACUUUGCAGAGUUGCUAAAUGACACUUUCCUACAAGAACUCACAGCUUCAAUCUGUAAAGAAAAGAAGUGCCCAGACUACAAAUGCCCCAUCGCCUUCCGUCAAAGCAGUGACAUUCUGAUGAUGAUGGACAGCUCAGCCAGCGUCGGUCAGAAGAACUUUGAGCUGAGUAAGACCUUUGUGGACCGGUUAGCUGGACGUUUCCUGAGUGCUCAGAGAGAGAGGGGUGCCACUGUCAGGGUGGCUGUGGGCCAGUACAGUCGCACCGCCAGAAUGGAGCAGGGGCUGACCUCCAAUUUUACCCUGCUGUCUAAUCGCAUUGAAAAGGCAGCCUUCCAAAAUGACGGCACUAACGUGUUGGAUGCCAUGGACUUUGCCAUUAAGAAUUUACCUGGUCGUGGGGACGCAUCAGGAAGCAGGAGGAAGCUGGUGCUGUUCUCUGACGGCCGGUCGCAGGGCGUCACUGAGGCUGUGCUGGAGAAGCGUGUUCGUGAGUUAGCAGAAGCUGGGGUGGAGCUCUUUGUCAUCACAGUUGGCAGCCAGGUCAAUGAGGUUAAUCUGCUCACACUAGUGAGCAGGGGACGGCGGGAUGACAACACCUAUGCCCAGCGCCACCUGUUCCGUGUCCCAGACUACCCAUCUCUGCUUCGUGGGGUCUUCUACCAAACCGUCUCCCGAAGGGUGUCCAUUCCCUUAGAUAGCUCCAAAUAAGAGGACCAACACGCUUUAGAUUUUUAGUCCCAUUAUGAAUAUUCAGUCUCACUCAUUUACCAUACACUGCAUUUGAGUACUUUUUUGUAAAGAAUUGUCACAGAACGACAAAUGAUUGUGUGGCAGGAAAAAGGAAAUAUCUUCAUGAAAUAACUGUGGGACUUUUCUACCCUGAGUUAGGCCUCAAAGGCAGUCCAUCUCAAGCUGUGUGUGUGCUCGGCUCAUUAUAAAUCUAAUGAUGGUGCUAACCUAACCCACUUUAGAAUUUAAGAAGAUGUAACAGAACACAAUCUGGAGGAACUGCUGCCUGGGAGGCAAAAUUCAGGGUAAACUCAUCCCAUAGCAAAAGUACUUGCUCCGGUUCUUGAGAGCCAUCAGUAACACAUCUAAACAUACUUCCAGCUUUCAACUGCAUUUAGCUGAUUUCAACUCAGUAUUAGCUAGUCUGGACCAGUGUGGAUUGAAAAUGCUGAUCGAGGCUAUACUGUCUUGUCUCUCAAGGACCAGAGCUUCCACUAUUUGAAGGAUUGUAGUGGGCUUUUGUAGCUCUUACCACUCUUUCAAGUGGUGUCGGAUUUACCAGAGUUUUCUGAAGUUUCACAUGAACAUGACACACAAUUUCGUUGUACUGCUGUGUAAUGACAAUAAAGGCAUUGAAAUGAAUUGAACAUGUUAGUUGAUGAUCAAAUCAGGAAAUUUUGGGAUUCAAUUGUGGUACAAUAUACUCAUGUCAGCAAUGCUUGACCUAUCAAAAUUUUGCACAAAAAAAACCCCGUAAGUGAACCAACCACGGCUGUGAGUUCAAAACGAAUACACUCUUUGGCGAUUGCUUGCUGCAGUGACUGGAAGGCUGGCUCAUGUCUGGCUUUUAUGGCUUAUCUUUUUU